GACGGGCAUUGGAGAAGGGGCGGGACCAGACUAGGUCCUUCGCCGGUUCCGCACUGGACGGUCUCUGCAUUUGGCCAUGGCCGCUGGUUGUGUUCAGUUGUCUCGGCCUCUUUGCUCACAGAUUCUAGCAUCGGUCGAUACGCUGCUGUUUGACUGCGAUGGGGUGUUGUGGAGAGGGGAAAGCCCGAUCCCCGGGGCGGUACAGCUGAUUAACCGUCUGCAGGAGCAGGGGAAGCGGGUUUUCUUCCUAACCAACAACAGCACCAAGAGCCGGCAGAUGUACGGGGAGAAGCUGCGGGCUCUGGGCUUUCAGGCUCGGCCUGAGCAGGUCUUUGGCACCGCACCCUGCAGCGCGCUCUACCUGCGGCAAGAGGCCAGGCUCCGAGGAUCCGUCUACCUGAUCGGCGGCGCGACCCUCCGCGGGGAACUGCAGACCCAGGGCAUCGCCUGCUCCGGCUCCGGCCCGGGACCUGAGCUCACUCCUGGGCCUGGACCCACGCAGGUUUGGGCGGCCGAGCCCCUCGACCCCGCUGUGGGUGCCGUGCUGGUCGGCUUCGACGAGCAUUUCACUUACAUGAAGUUGUGCCGGGCCACCCGCUACCUGCAGAAUCCCGCCUGCAUCUUCCUGGCCACAAAUACCGACACCCUGCUCCCAUUGGAGGGAGGCGGGGUCCCGGGCACAGGCUGCUUGGUGAAGGCCAUUGAAGCAGCAUCGAAUCGCACUGCUCAUGUCAUCGGCAAGCCCAGCACCUUUAUGUUAGAGUGUAUGGUGAAAGAGCAUGGCAUCAAUCCAAGCAGGACGGUUAUGGUGGGAGAUCGGCUGGACACUGACAUCCUCAUGGGGUCUAACUGUGGACUCCGCACCAUCCUGACCCUGACUGGUGUUUCCACUCUGGAAGAGGCAAGGGCCCAUCAGGAAAGUAACUCCCCUGACCGCCACAAGCUGGUUCCCAGCUUUUAUGUGGAAAGUGUAGCUGACUUGCUUCCAGCACUUGAUUGACAAAAGCAGAGCAUCCUGUUGCUUUUAUGAAUGGAUUUUAUUUUAUCCUGAGUUAUCGUGUGUACUGUACGAUCACUGUAAGAUUCUGAAUACCUCUGCAAAAACAAAAUUAAAAAU